AUUUUCAACUCGCUUAGGAAAACUGCUCUCGUAUUUCGACAUCAAAUUUUGCAAAUUUUUGAGUCUUUACAGUUAUCAUAUUUUGAUAAUUUAAAAUGAUACUAUACACAUUUUCAAGAGUAGUCAACAGACCUGCCAGGUACGCAAACACCAUAUUUGACGACAAAAUGCACAAGUGUGGUGUUUAUUAUUUAUGCGUUGCUAUGGUUUGCUAGUCUCAAAACUUGAAGAAAAAUGUGGCCCAAACCACCAACUUUGCUGGAUCUACCGCUGGAAAUCGCCAACCAAAUUUUGGAAAAAAUGGAGCCCAUGGAUCGAUUGACUGCUCGAAAAGUGUGCAGAAGUUUGAAAACCGCUGUUGACGAGUUUGGAAUUCAUUUCGACAAAAUUUCAAUUAAUUUUUGCACUAAUUGUGUUUUACUGGAUUUAGAUGGAACACGAAUUGAAUAUACAGAAAAUGAUGUCUAUAGCAAAGAUUUAGAGAUAAUAUUGGAUGAAGCCUUGGAAUUGGAAAUUUUCAACACAGAAUAUACACCUGCCCACGUGAAAUCUUUUUUAGAAAUUUUAAAAUUGAAAAAAAGGGUCAACGUGAAGAAAAUUGACCUCAAAAAUUUCCUAUUCACUGAUAUUUUAUCGAUUAUUUCUUAUAUGAAUGCUCAAGUGAUAGAAUAUAUAAAAAUGCAAUAUGUUGGCUCAGUCGAUCAAUUUGAACGUCUCACUUGUCUGGAUCAGUGGAAAAAUGCACAUUAUUGUAUCAUUGUGGAUUCCGAGCUGGAAAAUGUGCCAAUUGAAGAUUUUUUCCACUUUAAAGAGUUUGAAGUUGAAUCUAGAAGCUUUUCAACACAAAAUGCGAUUGAGAUCCGAAAUGAUCUCUUGAAAAGAAGCUCAUUCCAAAGUUGCACAAUAUGGUUCCAUGGCGGCAAUUCAAAUGAAAUUGCAAAAGUCUUCCAACCGGAUUAUGAUGGUGACAAUGAAUAUGAGCUUGAUUAUAUUACCGGUGACAAUGCCAAAUUUGAGAUUCGAUGCGGUAUUGGCUUAUUCGUUGAAGAAUUUUGUGCUAAUCAAUGGGAAUUUGUAGUUCAGAGGUGUUAAACUACUAGAAUUUUUUUGUAUUUAUGUGAUAUUUUCAUAUGCAAAAUAAAAGAUAAAAAAUUGA